GUGAAAGGAAGUUCAGGGAAAAGACAUUCCCCUGAGGAGCAGCUGGAGAGCAGUCCUAGCCCUGCCUGUGCUAGGUAGAGGACAGCCAGCCACGCCACUUGCUUUAGCCUAGAACCACCUCCCCUCAAAUCCUGGAGGUAUCCUGGUGCUUGAACUGAUUUUGCAGAGGCAGAAUGGACAUCAAGGAGUAUUUUGCCAGAAUUUCUUACCGGGGUUCCUACAAUAAGCCAGACCUGCCUACUCUGUCAGAUAUAUUCCAGCACCACAUCCGAGCUGUCCCUUUUGAAAACCUCAGCAUCCACUGUGGGGAAAGGAUUGAGCUGGACCUGGAAGCAACCUACAACAAGAUAGUGAGGAAAAAACGUGGGGGUUGGUGCAUGGAAAACAACAGCCUUUUGUCUUGGGUCCUGAAAACUCUUGGCUAUGACAUCACCCUUCUGGGAGCCAACGUUUACGUCCCGGAGCGCAACGCCUACCCAGAGGAAAUCAAUCAUCUGCUGAUGAAAGUGGUGCUUGAUGGCAAAUCCUACAUUGUGGACGGGGGGUUUGGGAUAGCCUACCAGAUGUGGCAGCCAAUGGAGCUGAUUUCAGGGGCAGAUCAGCCGCAGACUCCCGGGGUCUUUCGCUUCCGGGAGGAGGGCGGGAUCUGGUACUUUGAGAAGGUGAAAAGGAAGCAGUUGGUUCUCAACCAAGAUACCUCCACUUCCCAUAAAGUGGAAGAUGAAGUUUGCCGCCCGAUUUACAUCUUUACCCUUCAGCCACGAGACAUUGAAGAGUUCAGAGGCUGCAAUGCCCUCCUGCAGACAGCGCCCGACUCGCCCUUCACGACCAAGUCCCUGUGCAGCCUGCAGACUGCCGACGGCGUCCGGGCACUGGUGGGGUGGAGACUCACUGAGAUGAAGUUCAAUUAUAGGGACAAUAUGGAUCUUGUGGAAAUCAGAAUGCUUGCAGAUGAAGAAAUAGAGAAAACGCUGAAAGAGAAAUUCAAUGUAACACUAGACAAGAAAUUUGUACCUGUCAAUUCAAAAAGGUCUCUGUUCUAA